UAUAGAUUCAGCAUGGAUUUGGUAUCCUUCAUUACACUGAUGGGUGAAAACAACAAAAUGAAGCUAUUUUCAAGAAUUUUUAUACUGCUCUUUUUUUCAGUGGUGCUGUCGAAGCAACUCCAGAAUAGCAAGUCCAAACCCAGAUUUAUACGAUAUCAGUCAUGGAACACAAAAAUGUACCCAGUGUGGAAGAAUGGAGACCCGCGUUAUGCGAGCAGCUGGACAGGUGGAGAGCUAAAAUUCGAAGUCCGUAAUGAUGCACCAACUCUCACUGGCGCUAAUAUUACCUUCACUAUUGACAUAAUUCUCCCAGACAUCCAGCUGGUCCUCCCUAAUGGAGAGGUCGUGUGGAGAAAAAACUGCUUUGUAAAUGGUAUCCAGCAUCAUGAAGGUGAGCCCACCUACCCUCAGGAAUCCACUGACGAGCAGAAUGAGGUUUUUCCAGAUGGAUCUCCGCUUAACCAUCAUGGAGACCAAAAAUCACCUUAUGUGUUUGUGUGGAAAACCUGCGGAAAAUACUGGCAAGUGAGUGAUGGUCUGUCAUCCUCUCUGACCAUCAGCACUGUAGACAUCCCUCUGGGGUCCUAUGUAAUGGAUGUGGUUAUUUAUCACCACAGAAAAAGAGACAGAUUCAUCCCAAUUGGCUACGCUUCUACACAGUUCUGUAUCACUGACCAGAUCCCCUUUGCUGUCACUCUCACACAACUGAAUAAUGAAGAGGAAAGUGACCAGACAUUUAUCCAAAACCGUGCCAUUGUCUUCUCCACUGUUGUCCAUGACCCCAGUUCCUACUUGGCCAACUCUGACAUCACCUUUAACUGGGAUUUCGGAGACGGCAGCGGCACAAUGAUUUCAAGAGAACUCACUGUCACCCACACCUACACCAAGACUGGCUUCUUUAAACCCCAUGUCCUCAUCCAGGCUGCUAUUCCAAAUCUGUCCUGUCACACUCCUCCACUCACUGCAGCUGCCGUUAUCUCUGAGGACCAUGCAGGGCCUGUUCAGCUUAUCUCCCCUGAAAGUGCAUCUAAGGACAUGGAACAUUCCGGUUCAUUCAGUGCUGAUAUGAAAACAGCUCCCCAUCUGGACACAAACGGAGUAAUGGAUUUGGAGGCUAUUUACCAAGACACUAUUGUAUUCAAAAAGCCUCGGCCAUCAAAUUCUGAGCAGGACUGUGUGGUCUACCGCUAUGGCUCCUUCACCACAGGGAUCACAGUUGUUGAGAGCAUUGAGGAUGUGCAGAUCACCCAGGCUGUUGGUGCUUUACAUGAACAAAACACUGUGGAUUACACCAUUUCCUGUCAGCAAAGUUUGCCUACAGACAUAUGCACUGCGUUAUCCAAGUGCCUUUCUCCAGGCAAGACCAUCUGUAGUGCUGUAAGCACUUUACCAGCGUGUCAGCUCCUUCUUCGACAUCUGUUCAACGAUUCUGGCAACUUUUGCAUUAACGUGUCAAUGAGUAACGGCGUCAGCGUUGCAGUCACUAGUGCCAGAGUAAACGUCCUCAUUGGUUCCAGGUUCAUCAUCACAGCAACUGUGGCUAUGGUACUGGGUAUCCUGGCUGUUGCAUUAGCAAUAGGAAUCUUAGCUUACAAGCAUGUAAAGCUCUACCAGCCUCUGUCUGAGAUUUCUGCAGCUGGAAUGACGCAUUCAAUGCCAUCUCUCCUGUGGGGCUUGAUAAAGCAGCAGGCAGCACUGAAACACUCCGUUCUUCUUUACAGGGCAGUGUGAACAAGCACCAUCUACAGCAACAGUCAAUAAUUUAACAACAGUUUGGAGCAAUUCAUGAUGUUAAAGACCUUUUUUCUUUAGUUUUGGGUAGGUGUACUUGAUCUUGCGUUUCACACAAAUAUCCAAACAAUGUGUCAAUACUAUAAAUACCCACUUUUUUUUUUAAACUACUGUACCUGGAUGGCUAUGAUGCAAGCAGCCUUAGACUUCAGUUAUGUUUUUAAUGCAAUUUAAUAAACAAUUUCAAAAGCUACUAAUCAAUCCACAUUUCGGUAUUAAUACUUGGGAACUCUGAAAAACAUUUUUUUUAAACCCAUAUGGCCAGAAGAGGGUGCUCAGUACAGGAUAUUUUUGUGGUCUUCUUGUCAUACAUGCAAAUUCCUCAUUUUAUACUUCCCCAGAAACCAUGUACAGCUUUAGCACUAAUCUGGAAGUCUACAUGACUUCUAGUGAAAUGAUCUUAUCUAACAGGGAGAAACAACAAGCAAAAACACUGAAA